GACCAUACCCAGGGCGAAUCUACUAGGGGUAAUCAAACUUCCUGGUUGGGUAUGGGUGCGUUUUUAUUCCUCCCGCAGAGAUUUCUGGAUGAGACCCUUCAAGAAAACAUAAAAUACAGUGACUUAUUAAAGUUUAAGUCGAAGAACUAGCUAGCAAAUUACCUUGUUAAUUAAACGGAGACCAGAAACCAGGAAGAAGCCAUUGAGUACACGCGUUAGCGGGGAUUUAGCUAACGAUCACAGCGGGCGGGGCGGACGUGGUUCGAUUCCCUAAGGCUUCAGGAAACGUGAAAUCUUCUGGAUUCUUGACAACAAAGCUAAGAGGGUGACAGCAUGCAGACACUGUAGGAGGAUGAGUCCGGCGCACCGCACCAGAGACAUCGAGAGGCAAGCUGGCUACCUGAAGCCCGAGCACUGCGCCCCCCCGCCACCCCGCAGCGGCGCAGGGAGCAUGUGGUUCAUCCGCGACGGCUGCGGCAUCACCUGCGCCGUCAUCACCUGGUUCCUGGUCUUCUACGCCGAGUUCGUGGUCAUGUUCGUCAUGCUGCUGCCGGCCAGGAGCGCCGCGUACAGCCUCUUCAACGGCCUGCUGUUCAGCAGCCUCGCCUUCCUGGCGCUGGCCUCGCACGCCAAAGCCAUGUGCACCGACCCGGGCGCCGUGCCCAAAGGAAACGCAACCAAAGAGUUCAUUGAAAGCCUGCAGCUCAAGCCGGGUCAGGUGGUCUACAAAUGCCCCAAAUGCUGCAGCAUCAAGCCUGACCGCGCCCACCACUGCAGUGUCUGCAAGCGCUGCAUCAAAAAGAUGGACCACCACUGUCCCUGGGUGAACAACUGUGUGGGGGAGAAAAACCAGAAGUACUUUGUGCUUUUCACUAUGUACAUCGCACUAAUCUCCUUCCACGCUUUACUCAUGGUGGCUUUCCACUUCGUUUUCUGCUUUGAAGAAGACUGGAAAAAGUGCGGCACCUUCUCUCCACCGGCGACAGUUGUCCUCCUCAUCCUCCUCUGCUUCGAGGGCCUCCUCUUUCUGAUCUUCACCGCGGUCAUGUUUGGGACCCAGGUCCACUCCAUAUGUUCUGAUGAAACGGGCAUCGAGCAACUGAAGAAGGAGGAGAGACGCUGGGCCAAAAGGUCCAAAUGGAUGAACAUGAAGGUGGUGUUUGGCCACCCCUUCUCUAUAGCCUGGCUCAGCCCCUUUGCUUCACCCGACUACGGCAAGGCGGAUGUGUACCAGUACAUCGUAUGAGGCCAGGAAAGGGGGCGGAGCUCCGCUGCUGCUCCUGCUGCUCCACAUUUCCCUCAUGACUCAGAGGUUGACGCCUCCUGGUGCUGACUGGAUGGAGCCUCAACGUUUGAGAGCAGAGUCGCGGUAAAAGGCGGAGCCGCUGGAUUUGCUGAACCUUCCUCUUAAUUUUUUUACGUCAUUUUGAGCGGAGGAGCUGAACGCGUCCGUUUUUCCUGAUUCUCCUCCUUUGCUGUUCAAGUGUCUUUCUUUAAAUGUUGCCUUAGAACCGUCAGCAUUUUUGGUUUUGUUUUUAGAAAUAAUUGUAUUUAUUUGCCUUAAUGUGACACUAUUUUUCUACAUUCACUGUUCUGGAAAUGGGAAGAGAUUGAAGUUUUAAAAAAAAAGAAAUGCCAUAAAAACCAGAGUAAAAUCAGAGUUGUGGUGUCGGGGCGCACAAACAACCAUCAUUAAUGACACGCAUGACAGUUUAGAUUUCCGAUUUUAGGA